CGCCGAGAUGCCGCGGGACUUGGAGUAAAUGGCCAAGAGAUUUCUCCCUCGGAGAGGUCAUGGCUUUUUCCUGAUCCAUCUUUCGGCUGAAGACAGGCAAUGGAAGAGGUGGAAAAUAUUCUCUACAGGUUGCCCAAGACAUUUUUACUUGCAGAUAAAGGUAUGGUAAAUAAGAGAGACCAAUAUGGAAAUGCAGUGCCUGUGCAUACGGAUAUUUGGGGCUUGUUUUGAUUUCCAAGUUUUGCUAGGAAAAAGUUUCCUAAACUCAGGUUUCUAUUUGCUGAAAAGGGUACAAGGAAAUUCGGUAAUUAAAACCUAGCAGGAUGAAGAAUCUAGAAACCUAGAAGACACUGGAUACAGCUCUCCUGGACUAGAAAAUGAAUAAAUGCUGAGAGCAUGGGAAUUCAUCUCACCCCCUCCAUCUCUUUCCAUGUAUUUCAUCUUGCGUCUCCAGCGGCUUUUACAGAAUGCUGCUCCUCUUCCCUUCGAUGAGCGAGAGGCGUACUCAGGACCUGCAGGACUUUGGGAAUCUGCUCCCCAAAACAUAGCCCGAGAAAAAAAGCUCACCCGGGGGACUGGGAAGCGCAGCACCGCAGCUGUGCCAUGAACAGGACGGGUGCCUGGGAUGACGCCGGUUCUGCUCGGACCGUGGGCAGGUUGCCCCACAGCAGGCUCCUUCCACCGGGCCACGACUCCGAAUUCCUGGCUGCUGUCUGGGCUUCGGUGCAGAGCCCUGUCCCUGGGGACCAGGGCAGCCGCAGGGACCCCAUGGCCGGCGAGGUGUCUCGCAUCGCCAAACACCUGAGGGACAUCGACGGGAGAUUUCAGAAUUUAAGGGAGCUCUUCCGAAAAGGAGAAGUUUUUUCAGGCCCUGUUGAAGCCAGACUGGCAGACCUCCUGCAAGCCAUCUCCUCCUUCCUGAACACGUACCCUGCUUUGACCGGGGAUGCCAUCCAGCCCGCCGUAGCGACCCUUAUCACCAAAAUCCAUGGUCUCGAUAGUCAAGAAAGGGUACCUGAAAACAAGAAGCGAUACAGUGAGAUAUUCCGGAGCCUGGACGACUUGGAGAUCUCCAUCGGCAAUGCGACAGUUGAUUUGUUCAUUGGUGAUGCUGACAGCACUGACGACACAGACCUGCCUGCAGAAAGAGAGAUUGUUCCGCUGAGCGAAAGUUUCUGCAAGAGCAAAAGCAGUUCAGAAAAACAAGCGCAGGCAGACAUGACAGUUGAAGAGGCAGAUGAAAUGCUGAUCAAAUGUGAAGGUGGCAUUGAUGCAGCCCUCGAAUAUGCCAAAAUGUGGUGUAAAUAUGUCAAAGAGCUUCUCAACUGGAUUGAAAAACGUCUGAGCUACGAAACAGAGUUUGCCAAAGGGAUUGUGAAGAUAGCAGAAUCGGGACGAAAUGCCAUCAUCCAGCAGUCCAACAUGCCUCUUCGAGCGCUCUAUGCAAUGGUCCUGGAACACGACAUUAAGGUUGGAAAUUCAGCUAGCGAGACUGUGGGGUUGCUCCAACAGAAGGAAUUCUACCAGCCUCUGUCAGCCAAGAAGAAUGAGAUUGAGAAGUGGAGGAAGGAAUUCAAAGACCAGUGGACAAAGGAGCAAAAGAGAAUGAACGAGUCCUUGUCAUCCCUGCGCAAGUCCCGCCUGCAGUACGUGCAGCGCUGCGAGGAGCUGGAGAAAGCCAAGUACCUGAGCGCCAAGGCAGAGGACGAAUACCAGAGCGCAGCAGUCGUCAACCCCGGCAGUGCCAGCAAGCAGCUGGAGAAGCGGCGCCGCUCCUGCGAGGAGGCACAAGCCAAGGUCCAGGAAACAGAAGCCCUGUACAAGAUGUGCAUUAACGACGCCAACUUUCGGCGGCAGGAACUGGAGAAAGUGCGGGCACGCAUCGUCUCCCACAUUCGGAAGCUCAUUUACCAGGGAGACGAGGUGCUGACGUGGGUCACAUUAAGGAUGUUUAAGCAGCGGCAGGCUCAGUCAGAACACAUCCCAGUGGGAUACCAGCACCUGGCCGAGGUCUGCAAGCCGUACAAAGUGGGUGAGAAGUACCUGGAGUUCAUUCAGGCUCUGCAGAAGAAAGACAUUCACAUGGAAGUGUUUGAAUUCGAGCCUCUUGCUUCUGGAGGGCAGAGGUCUCCCCCCAGCAGCAGGAAGAAGAUGUCACUGCAGUACACGGGAUGCAGCAAGGACGCGAGCACUCCAGAAGACACGUCCAGAAGGCAGUUCUCCCCAAAUGGUGAACAGAGUACAAACAGAUCCCUCUGCAGCGACACAGAAAGCCUCGGUGGGAGCUGUGAGUCCCGAUCCCUGGACUCGCCCAACUCCAGCCCAGGAAACUCUAACAGGAAGCUGCUGAAAGCUCCAUCCACCGGCACCAUGUCCUCCUCAGAUGAUUUUGAGGAAAGAGAUUCGCUGCAAACCUUUGAAAAUGAAAACGGCUCAUCCCAGCAGCAGUUCAGGAACAUCCUCCUCUCCAGCGCAGCACAAACCCACCGGCUCAGGAAGCUGCGGGGGCCAUCCAAGUGCCGGGACUGCGACACCUUCAUGGUCAACGGCUUUGAGUGUGAGGAGUGCUACCUGGCCUGCCACAAGAAGUGCCUGGAGAGCCUGCUGAUCACCUGUGGCCACAGGAAGCUGCCCAACCGAGUGCCCCUUUUUGGCAUCGACUUCACCCAAGUUCCUCGAGACUUCCCCGAGGAGGUUCCCUUCAUCGUGGUGAAAUGCACUUCGGAGAUCGAAGCUCGUGCCCUCGGAGUGCAGGGGAUCUAUCGGAUAAGCGGGUCCAAAGCCCGGGUGGAGAAGCUGUGCCAGGCGUUUGAGAACGGCAGGAGCCUGGUGGAGCUCUCCGAGCACUCCCCCCACGACAUCACCGGGGUGCUGAAGCAUUUCCUGAAGGAACUUUCGGGACCGGUGCUGCUGUACCAGCUCUACAACAGCCUCAUCGCACUCGCCAAAGAGCUGCAAAAACCCGGGGAAGAAAGGACGGACUGCGCCGGCUUCCCUUCGGACCCCAUCCAGAGCAUGAAGGACCUGCUGAGCAAACUGCCUGGAAGCAACUACAACACCCUGCGGCACCUCAUCGCCCACCUGUACAGGGUGGCAGAGAAGUACGAAGAGAACAAGAUGUCCCCAAACAACCUGGGCAUAGUGUUUGGGCCCACCCUGAUCCGGCCAGGCUCAGGGAGCGACGUCUCGAUGUCCUGCCUCGUUGACUCUGGGUACCAAGCCCAGAUCGUGGAGUUUCUCAUCCAGAACUAUGAAAGGGUGUUCGGGAUGGAUGACCUGCCUCCAUCCUUAUCCCUCAGCUGUGAAAACCCCUCGCAAGAAGCAUCGACAGAAAAGGAUGAAGGACACCAGAGCCCAAGCACAGUCCAGAAAAUAACCCUAGAGAGAUGAAUACAAGCACUGGCUCCGAGCUGGAGGACCUGGAGGAUUCCGUGCAGGAGAAGACCGACAGCGAUUCGGACACUGUCCUCGGCACCCAGCCCAGGUGCCAUUUCAGUCGGCAGCCCGUGAAAUACAUCCGCGUGCAGGCAAAAACGAAACCAGUCAUUCCCAAGCCUUCCAGUUUGCCCUUGAGGACUACCACGUUAUCCAGCACAGCCACGGACGCCGGUGCAGAAGGCAGCCCUGCCAACAGCAGCUCCACGGCAAAGGAUGUCCUGGGGGAGAGGACUCGGAGCAGGAACAGCUCGCCCGACACCAGCACGCUCAGGGGCCGCUCAGGAAGCAAACAGCAACUCAAACACUUUGAGAUCACGGAGGAAACCGCCAGGAUCAUCUCGAAGCUUAAAGCCGACGACACUUCAGCAUCCCCCGAGGGUUCUCUGGAGAGCCUGGGGUCUGCUGAGAAAGAAGUGAAGCUCAGCCCAGAGACACUCCUGGAGCAAAGCCCCUAAAGGUGACAGCAAAAAGCAGCAGCAGAGGGACUGAAAUCCCAUGCCACAAUUCUUGUGGAAGGAUGGAAUAGCAACAGGGGUGAGAAUAACAUCCUAGCAGUUGCAUUUACAAAGCAGGCUGGAGAAGAGGCUUCUGCUGGGAACUACCUGGAAUUUGAGCUAGCCCAGGGUUUGCUUAUUUGUCAGCAGACCCACACGAGCCUGGUGUCUCUCUCUGGAACAUGUCCAGGUUAGCACGAAGCACAAUAG